AUGACUCCGUUUGAAGCCUUGUAUGGCAAGCCACCGCCUUCUGUUACAAGGUACCUCCCAGGCUCUACCUCCAUCCAGGAAAUUGACAUGGCACUCCGCACCCAUGACCAACUUCUGAGUUCCCUCAAGCAACACUUGAAGCUCGCGCGAAAUCGGAUGAAGCAGCAAGCAGACAAGAAACGCAGGGACAAAGAGUUUCAAAAGGGCGAGUGGGUCUUUUUAAAUCUUCAUCCAUAUCGCCAACAAUCCCUAGUUAAAAGGCCUUCACACAAGCUCGCUCCUCGCUUCUAUGGUGCUGCUAAGGUGGGAGCAGUGGCUUAUAAGCUGCACCUCCCUUCUUGUUCCAAAAUCCACCCAGUUUUUCAUGUAUCAUUGCUUAAGAAGCGGUUAGGCGAUGACACUUCGGCUUCACCCACUCUUCCUCCAUUUCAUGAUAAUGGAGAAUUACUUUGGACACCCAAGAAGGUGUUGGAUAUGGCUGUGCAAAGAAAGAAGAAGCGGUUUGUGACUAUAUGGCUCAUCAAAUGGACAGGUCUGCCAGAGGAGGAUGCUUCCUGGGAGAUAGCUCACUCAAUUUUGGCCAAAUUUCCUACUUUCAGUGCUUGA